CCCGCGGGGGCUUAGCCCGUCCCCAUGGAGUUCUCCGAGCUGAUCAAGACUGCCAAGGUGGAGAACGUGCUGCUCUCGGGCCCCGGGGUCCCAGCGGUCAAGGGGACCCUGUGCAUCACCAGCCAUCACCUGCUCCUGUCGUCCCAGCCUGGCGGGGAUGGGGAGCAGGGGACAGUGGAGCUCUGGCUUCUCAUCCGGAACGUGGACGCCGUAGAGAAGAGUGUUCAGAACCUAGGCUGGUACCAAAGCACCAGGACUAACAGCUCUCCACGAGAGACCAGGUUUGCCAGCUCCUCGGGCACCAUCACGCUCAAGUGCAAGGACCUGCGGGUGUUGCAGCUGGAGAUCCCAGGCAUGGAGGAAUGUCUCAACAUUGCCAGCUCUAUCGAGGCCCUCUCGUCCGUGGAGUCGGUGAUGAUGAUGUACCCAUUCUUCUACAGACCCCACAGCAUGAAGCUGGAGCAGGGCUGGCAUCUCUACCUACCCCACCAUUACUACCAACAGGUAGUCGCGGAGACAAGUGCUUGGAGGUUGAGCAGCGUGAACAGGGACUUUGCCACCUGCCCAACUUACCCAUCAGCCAUCAUUGUGCCAGCCGUAGUGGAUGAUGAAGCCUUGAGGAAGAUCGCCCACUUCCGCCAGGGGGGCCGGUUCCCUGUCCUCAGCUACUAUCACAAGAAGAACCAGACCGUGAUGCUCCGCAGUGGCCAGCCACUGAUGGGCCCCAACAAAAAGCGGUGCCAGGAGGAUGAGCUGCUGCUCAAAGCUGCGCUGUGCGGGAGGGCGCGUGGCUUUGUCAUCGACACCCGCUCAGCCCAGGCUGCCAAGCAGGCCCGCAUGACGGGAGGUGGCUCUGAGCCCAAAGCUGCCUAUCUCGGCUGGAAGAGGCUGCACAGGCCGCUGGAGAGCAGGGGCCGCCCGCUGCAAGAGAGCUUCAUGAAGCUGGUGGAAGCCUGCAAUGACCCGUCCCUCGGCAUGGACCGCUGGCUGAGCAAGCUGGAGAGCUCCAAGUGGCUGUCCCACGUCAAGGCAGCGCUGAGCACUGCCUGCCUGGCCGCACAGUGCAUGGAGAGGGAAGAGGCCUGCAUCCUGGUGCAUGGAGCCGAGGGCACAGACACCACCCUGCUGGUGACAGCACUGGCUCAAGUGAUCCUGGACCCAGACUGUAGGACGCUGGUGGGAUUUCAGCACCUGCUGGAGCGGGAGUGGAUCCAGGCGGGACAUCCGUUUCACCUGCGCUGCGCCCACUCCGCGUACUCGCACGCCCGGCUCAAGCAGGAAGCCCCCGUCUUCCUCCUCUUCCUGGACUGCGUGGGGCAGCUGGGGCGCCAGUUCCCCUUCUCCCUGGAGUUCAGCGAGCGCCUCCUGCUGGCGCUGUUCGAGAACAGCUACGCCUCCGCCUACGGGACCUUCCUGUGCAACAGCGAGAAGGAAAGGUCCCUGUGUAAAGUGAAGGAGACAACGCACUCGCUCUGGUCCUGGCUGAACCAGCCCAACCAGCAGAAGGAAUACCUGAACCCCCUGUACUCGUACAACGCCCUGGUCAUCUGGCCGUCCGUGGAACCCCAGAGCCUGCAGCUCUGGCAGGGCUUGUUCCUCCAGUGGAUCCGCUCCUCCCAGUACCUGGAUGAGGCCUGGGCAGAAAUCCAGCGACUGGUGGAAGGCAGCGAAACACCAACGAGGACCAAUGGUGCUGCUCAUUCCCAGCUGCUACUCCCCCACUGACCUUACCACAACAGAGGGGAGGUUGCUUCAGGACAGCUGGUGGCUCAGGCACUGCCAGGCCCCGGAUCCAUCAUUUCAUCCUCCUCCGGGGUGGGGAAAAAAAACAAACUGCUGUUUUUCACCUGGAGCUUUGUGCUGGUCACAGGCUCUGUUGGAGCCCUGGCAAGCCUGGACUGCGAAGCCAGGCUCUGAACUGAGUUUGCCUGGUGCAGAGGCCAGUGGGUUACCUCAAGGUGUUAUAACCAAAGCACAGACAGUAAAAUGGACUGUUCUCACAUUGUCUCCUCCUGCUUUCAGUGCCUGGGAGCAGUGGGCUGCUCCUCAGGGAGAUGACUCCAUUCAGCCCAUACAUGCCCUCACUCUACUCUAGGAUAGCCAGAACCUCACUGGCACCAGGCCAGAGGCUUAGACAUGGACUUUGAGAGCAGGGUUGGGGAGUACCAGGAAGAUCAGUUUGUCCAGCAAUUCCAUUCGAUGGUUCCUCCCACAGGGUGGCUGGGCUGGAGGUUUUGCCUGUGUCUCCCCAGCACUGUUACUGCAAAGCAGCCAGAAAGGUCAAACGCUAGAUCCAUUCUCCUCAACCCCCUCCAGUCUACACCUCACAGCCCGAGCGGCAAUAUCCACCUGAGCUGCAGUCAGCAAGACACCGAUACCUAGAACCAGGCUCAAGCAGAGAGCAGAGAAGCUCCAAGUCCCCCUCACUCUACAUACAGGCUGGACAGGGACGCAGGGGAGAGGAAGGGCUUGCAACAAACGUUUGCCAGGGCAGGAAAUAACUGUCCCCCCGAGGAAAAAGUUGGCUCAGCCUCAUGCCUGGCUCACAGACAAAGCAAUCAACAUUGCAUGUGUGCCAGCAGGAAGGAGAGAGCAGCCAGUCAUUGUUUUCCAGCCUAUUUAUGGCCUAAGCAAUUCUGACUAUUUGCCUGGCGUUAAACUAGCAGGACUAGACCACAGCCGGGGAAGAGAG